UAGUUUCAAAUUUAGAUAUAGAAGCUUUAAGUAGGGCCAUUAGUGCACUUACGGAAGAAGAAGAAGAGACGUCUCCUCAGGCAUCAGUUUCUCAAACAGAAUAUAGACAAAAAAAUAUAUUACUUACGCCAGAACUAGAAGCCAGAUACCAUGAGGUUGUACAAAUCCUGAUUGGUCUUGAUGAUUCAUUGCAGCUGGAUUAUACCAAAAAUGGUCUAAAAUUAGAAAAUUGGAUUGUCAAUCUUGAUCCAAACAAGAAGGAUUGUGAAACUAUAAUGAAUGAGAGAAAAUAUCACAGUGAUGAAGUCUUUGAAACUGAUGAGAAGCUUACCAAAAAGGAGAUUAAAGAUCAUGUUCGGCCUAAAGCCAAAAAUCAUCAGAUAGACAUGUUCUUCAUGUUUACGAUAAACCUUGGAGAAUUACUUCAUUUGUCUGAUAAAGUUGGUGAAAAUAUAAGUCAUAUUGAUAAAUCCAAAUCUUCAGAAAAUGCUACAGAAUUGACUAUUUCACAGUUAUACCAUUCUGACCAUUCAGAUGAUGAUAACGAAACAGACAGUAAUGAUCAAUAA